CGGUCAUAACUUGCAAAUAUACGUAGCAAUCAAUUAAUCGCGGCACUAUCUGUUGGACUUAAGUCGCCAAGGGGGAGACCCAGUGAAGAACCUAGAAGCAAAUACAUUACCAAAUAGUCAACUCAUGCCCACUCACACAGCGCAAAAACCGAAGCAACGGCGGAAAAUCGGCGCAUGUUGUAUAAAUUUGAAUCGCUCGCCGCUGCAGCGGACAGUUCUUAUUAACCGGUGGCAGUGGUCGGGUUCACUUGUGGAAUAUCCAAGUUUUCUAUUCGGGAAAUUCUUCUGGACGCCGGAAAUAUCUUGAAUACCUGCAGCCAUACUCAGGAAACCCUUGUACAAAAAAAAACUCACUUCUUUGAAUUAGCCUACCUCAACAGAAAUAGGUCUGAAAUAAUCAAUAACUGUAAAUAAGGUAUUCGUAAAACCUUAGAGUUCCUAAAACCAUUUAAGAGAACUAAGGACAUAUUUUUAAAGGGAGCUCUAAUUGCCAAUAUUUUAAGUAAUUCCACUAAAACUGUGGAUAAGAACUAAAGGCAUAGAAUCAUGGAAAAACUGUCAAAAAGCCUGCUGAUCUUCGUUGGCUUUCUGCUGACUUCUGCUGCGGCCAUCUCUUCACCCAUUAUUGGGGUUCUCACCCAGGAGGUUUACACUGAUGGAUUGAUUUCGCGUCAUUUCGAUAACAAGACCAGCUAUAUAGCCGCCUCGUAUGUGAAGUAUCUGGAAGGAGCUGGUGCCCGUGUUGUGCCGAUCUGGAUCGGACGGAAUCGCAGCUACUACGAAGAUCUCAUGCACAAGAUAAAUGGUGUUUUGCUGCCUGGUGGAGCCACAUGGUUCAACCAAACCAAUGGGUAUGCCGAUGCCGGCGAGCACCUCAUCCAGCUGGCUAUUGAACAAAACGAUCAAGGAAUCUUCAUGCCGGUUUGGGGCACUUGUCUCGGCAUGGAACUGAUGGUUUACAAGCUGGCCAAUGGCACUGAACAUCGGAUUAGCUGCCAAGGAAAGGGAAUCGCACUGCCAAUGGAAUUUAAAGAAGACUUCAACAAGAGCAGACUGUUUGCCUCCAUUAGUGAUGAUGUGGUGGCUGCUAUGAUCAAGGAAAAUGUGACUUAUCACUGGCAUCAGUAUUGCUAUACGGAAAAGGACUUCGAAAGAGAUCUUCUGAACGAGACUUGGCGAGUGAUCUCCUUGAAUCAUGAUUGGGAUGGCAACGAGUUUAUUUCGACCAUGGAGCACAUAAAGUACCCCUUCUAUGGAGUACAGUUUCAUCCGGAGAAGCCAUUGUACGAGUUCACUAAAACAAGCAUUCCUCACACCGAAGCUGCUGUGUUGAGUGGGCAAUUCUUUGCCGAUUUCUUUGUGAACGAGGCUAGGAAAAGCAAUCAAAGCUUCACCAAUGCCACAGAGCAAGCAAGGACACUAAUCUACAACUACAAGCCCGAGUAUACUUCGAUUUUGGGCUCCUCUUACAUCCAGCAAUAUUUGUUUACCAAUGACGAAAUGGAAAUCCCAGAUAUUCCAGAUGAAGGUGGUGAUGACGGAGAUGGUGAGGGAGGCAACAGUGGCGGUUAUAUUCCAAUUAUUGUACCUGGAGAUGGCAGCUCAACCAUUAAUCCGAUCUUUAGCUUUUUAAUCCCUUCCUUUUUGAUUGUGUCAAUUAAUAUGCUGUUUUAGUCAAUUGAUUUACCGUUUAAGUAGGCAUUGUAUUUAAUAUUUUGAAGUGAGAUUUUAAAUGUACGUACAGAAUUAAGUUUUAAAGUUUUUCGAACAUGGCAUUAUAAUUGUUGUUCAAACAACCAGCUUUAAUUAUGUAUUUACGCAAAGCAUUAAACGAGAUUGUCUAUGUCGCCAUGGGUGACACUUCUGGUAAAUAUAUUGCACAUAAGGAAUUAUUGCAGUAGGGAAUUAUUUGAUAAGUGCCUUUAUCUACAUAAGCCUUUGUGUCAUUUUUGGGAAAGUAAUGAUAAAAAACUUUCCCUUUUGAGAAUUUGUCAUGUAGUGUACGAAAAAGACUUAAAAAUUGUUGAUAAAAUUUGCUACCUCUUUUACGAAAACUUGCUUAAGUAUAAGUUUUGACUUCUUGCCUUAGGAUAAGCGAUAUUAAUAAACAGUCAUAAAGAUUUUGUUCUGAUAAUAAAAUUAUAAUAAAAUAAAA